CGCCUGAACCAGCAGAGCUGUCAGAAGUUGUUAGACCCCCCUGUCAUUGAUGUGUUAUGUACCCCAACUACAGCUAGGAGACAGUGUGUUGGUCAUGUGAUGUGUGAGCUCUCCUCUGUGUGCGUGGAGAACAGGGAACAGAGCAGAGGUAGGACUGCACAGAGUUAAAACAGACAGGUAGGAGUAUUAGCCGUGUGACCAAACGGGAUUACAGGUAGAUUUCUCAGGUGUGAAUGAUAUGCCUGUGUUUUACAAAAUGAGGAGCCUUCGGAUUACAAGUCAACUUUACACAUAAUUUCCUUACAAAAAUCUCAGCAAUUAUUAAAGGAACAAACACUGAUUGCAUAAAGAAAAACAUCGCAGCCCAUCAAAGGAUAUUUACAUAAAGGGUGUGAUUUUUGUCAUUCGAAAGGUGAACUCUCCAGAAAGGAGGAGUGAAUGUUGAAGGUUCAGCAGGAAGACUUCUUGAGGAUGUGUAUCUGAAUUUUAUGUAAAGAAAUUCAACGAUGGAUUCUCUUGUCCACAUUAUUCUUGUCUUGACUGCAGUUUUCUGCAGUCUGUGUGAUGGGGUCAUAUAUUAUCGUAUAAAGGAAGAACGCGACCCAAUGGUGCUUUUGGGAAAUGUUGGUGCGGAUGCAAACAUAACGGACACAGCAUCGACAACUUUCAGAUUUGUGGAGACUGGAAGUCAACAUUUUGAAAAAUUUGAUAUUAAUAGUCAAACUGGAAGUCUGAGUACAAUAGCUAAGUUAGACAGAGAAGAGCUAUGUCGCUUCAAUAAAACAUGCGAGUUAAAGCUCCGUAUAGCUGCUGUAACUACAGGAAAUACAAAAGUGGAAUGGUUAGAAGUUAGAGUAAUUGUUGACGAUAUUAACGAUAACGCUCCGACCUUCAAACAGCCAUUGAUGACCUUGGAUAUUUCUGAAGGAUCGCAGAGUGGUAACACGUUUCCAAUUGUUGGGGCAACAGAUGAAGAUAUGGUUGGUAACAAUUCUCUCCGCGGAUACCAACUCAGUACUCCUAGCAACACUUUUCGAUUAGUUGUAGGUGACGAAAAACCUGACGGAAAUCUAGAUGUGAGUUUACAAUUGAUUGAAGUUCUCGAUCGAGAAAUCAAAGAUUAUUACCAGAUUUAUGUGAUAGCAAAGGACGGUGAUACUCCUCCACGAACUGGAAUGUUAACAGUUGAUAUCAGGGUCACUGACAUUAACGAUAACAAACCUCAGUUUACUAAAACUCGUUAUGAGGUAAAGGUCGAUGAGGACAUUACUGUUGGCUCGAACAUCCUGCAAAUUAAGGCUACAGACAAAGAUAUCGGCCAGAAUGGGGAAGUGCGAUACCGCUUUAGUGAUCGUGUAGGGACGGACAUCACUGCAUAUUUCAGUAUCGAUGAACGAUCAGGCAACAUCAGUCUCGUAAAGAAGCUUGAAUAUGUACAGGGAGGUAGUUACACAUUUAUUGUUGUGGCCUUUGACCAGGGAAGUCCCCCAAAUGACAACCAGUCAGUUGUCACAGUUACUGUAGAAGAUAAAAAUAACAAUUCUCCUGAUAUCAGUAUCAAUUAUUUGACUCCAAAGGAUGGAGAGGUUAUGGAGAAUUCAGCAGUAAAUACGCCCAUUGCUCACAUCCAGGCAUUGGAUGGAGAUGUCGGUAAAAAUGGAGAGGUCACAUGCUCAAUUGACAAUUCGCUAUUUCGCAUGAACCCGAUGGGUGGCAAUGAGUUCAUCAUUGUAGUGAAUGGUCUACUGGAUCGUGAGGACCAGAUUGAACAUGUUAUUACUAUUUUCUGUCAUGAUGGUGGGGUACCCUCACUUAACAGUAGUAUCACUUUUGGUAUGCAAGUCACAGAUGAAAACGAUAAUCCGCCUGAGUUUAUGAACCGCGUGUACAAUACAAAAUUGACAGAGAACACGCCCGCCCCUGUCCUCAUAACGAAGGUCAGCGCUAUGGAUUCUGACCAAGAAAUGAAUGCAAGGGUCACAUACAGCCUCCCCGAAGAUACACACUCUCUGUUUUCCAUAGGACCACAGUCUGGUAUCAUUGAGUCUCGUGUAGCAUUUGAUCGUGAGACAGUAGAUCGACUUGAAUUUCUUGUGUUUGCAGAGGACAAUGGCUUAACAAAAAAAUUCACAGCUACCGCUACAAUCAUUCUCACUAUCACAGAUCAAAACGACAUCACACCAAAGUUCACACAAGAAGUGUACGAGUUUGAUGUUUACGAAAAAUUUCUGGGAUUUUUCGGAAAUGUAACAGCGACUGAUGAUGAUCUUGGUGACAAUGGAGAGAUUUCCUAUAUUAUACCUCCAGAAUACAUCACAACGCCUUUUUCCAUUUCAAAGAGAACUGGGAGACUGGGAACGUACCGUGAAAUGGACAGAGAGAAGGAAGAUGAGUACCACUUUCAAAUCAUUGCAAGGGACAAUGGUUCCAACUCUCGUGAGAGUACGGCACAAGUGAUUGUGCGAGUCAAGGAUCUGAACGAUAAUGCACCCGUUAUGAUUUUCCCAAAUGAGACAAAUAGUUCUAUCCUGCUAUCAUACCGAGCAGAACCAGAAUCUCUUGUUACAACUAUUGUAGCCGAAGAUGCAGACAUUGGUGAAAAUGCAGAAAUAAAUUUCAUCAUUAUAAGUGGUGAUGAUAAUGGAUUAUUCAAACUUGAUCGUUAUUCUGGAGAGAUACUGUUAAGGAGAGAAAUCAAGCUUUACGAAAUAAAAAUGUAUACACUAGACAUUUCCUUGGAGGAUAACGGAAUGCCGAGACAGAGCACGCGUUACUAUAUCAACAUACAGGUUCAGUUCGUCAACAGUACUGUCAUAUCAGAGGAAGUAGUUGUAACUAGUGGCAACAUUCUCAUCGCAAUAGCAAUAGCCUGUAUCACUUUUGUACUCUCGACAGCAAUCAUUAUUUCGAUUUGCAUCAUUCGAAGGAUUGAUAUGAAAAAGCGUAAUUAUAAUUCGAAAAGUGCUGAAGAAAUGAAGAUCAUCCAGACAAUUGGUCGUGGAAGUAAUCGGUCUUCGUCAUCCAAAGGUUCUCGAGACGAGUUUCUACCUCCACACCAUAUCAUGAGUAAAUCAAACAGGAAGGAAGUCAGCUUUUCAUUGGAUGAUGAGCAGGAUAGUGGUUUCACCUUUGCCCCGAGUCUGGCCUCCUCUGUCCCUCCCAGUCUCACCUCAUCAGGAAUGGUCACCUUCAAAGCGGGUGGCUCUAUGAUGGAUGACCCCUCCAACAAACAGCUUGCUCCUCAUCAGAAUACCAAUCAUAGUAGGGAGGGCAGUACAGCAUCUGACAGUAAACAAAAGCAGGUACAUCGCAUGGCUUCUCUUCGUGUCCAACAACAGCUCCUUAUGUCUCAGGACGGUGGGGGACAGUCUGUAUGGAGGAAACACCCACAGAAUUCAGAGAUGAAACAGCUGUCAGUGCCUCAUUCUCACAAGGAUAGCCAUCAUGACGAUAACCGUAGUGACCUCUCCGGAGAAUCUACAACCAGUGAUAGUGGCCGUGGUGGCAGUGAGGAGGACCUUCGCAAUGCGGGACUCUCACACCCACCUGAGCUAGACCACAGUGGAGAUUCACGACAUUUCUCUACCACUGAUAGCAGUGGAGUUUCUUCUCUUUCUUAUAAUUCAAGUGCUGUAAAUGCUGGAAGACCAAUGUUUUCCACAUUUGGACAUUCUAACAAUGACACAUUUCCGCGGAAUUCCCACAGGAAUCCCGUUGCCCAAGGUGGGCGCAGUAACUCUCGGCCUCCUCGCCAGGGUCACCGUGUUCAAAGGCUGCAAUCUGACAACUAUUCCCCCCAUCAUAAACAAUUUGUUGACAUUCCAAGGGCGCCGUCAGCUGAUCUGCGCUCGAGCAGAUGUUCAGUGAACAGUGAUAGAAACCAAAGAACAAACCGUCUUCAUAGUGUCACACCUACAUUUGAUGACACGCUAAGCGAGAGCUGUGCAACAACAAAUCGUGAUGACGAUGAUGUGACAACAACAUCGGGGAGCUAUACUGUGAAUGCUGAUGAACUGUGUAAUGAAAUUGAUGAACUCUUCUUGAAAUCUGACACAGUUGUAUGAUAUUUUGUGAUAUAUGGUAUACCUAGGUAUAUGAAAUUGAGCAUUGAAAGUGGAUUGAAAAGAAAAAUGGGAGAAAGUAUAAGAAAGAGAGAAAGAAUGAAUACAGAGUCUGAGAAUAUGAAAAGACUGAGAAAAUGAAUGCUUCAGUGCUUAGUAUAAUGUUCUUGCCAGAUGUUUGAUAUAGAGGUGUUGUAUUGAAAUGAAAGUUGACUUAUAUUAAGGAUAUAUCCUACCUUGAUGUGUUCUUCACUUAAUUUUAAAAAGAGUUUGACACAACCAAAUUCUGAAAAUUUCUUGGAUGAUUGGCAGUUAGGACUUAGUAAAUUAAUAGCAGAUUUCAAGACCAUACAAAUAGGAUGUAACAACUAGGUUAUCCUGAAUAAUUAUAAUUUUACGAAACAUCGCUGUGUAAAUCUUCAAUCACAUUAAAGUCUUUAAGGGAGGAUAUAUCCUUAAUGUUUGUAACUCUGUAUUAAGAGUAAAUUUAACAUUUCAGUCUUGGAAUUUAUCAAAAUUUCGUUUUUUGUUAUCAGUCAGUUUUUCUCAAUGCAAGAAGCUGACAGCCUAUGAAAUACGAUUGAUAGGUUUCCAGAGACUGAAAUAUUUCAUCUGACUGAAUUAUGUUAACACAAUUCCUUUAUCAACAUAGUGACCCCACUGCCAAAGAUUUGUAGUCAUUUUUAAUCUUCAUAAUGUCACAUAGCUUCACACACAAAAAAAGUCACAUGAUACAAUUCUCUAAACUAAUCAUCAUUGCACAUGGCUACAUCACAGGAUUUCUCACAGGAAAAGGUUAUAAAACCACCUGGACUGGAGAAGGCUUGUAAUUUCUGUGUUCCUCAUGGAAAUAAAUCACACUCAAGUAGUUACUAUUAUAACAGCUACAAAGUUUAGAGUAAUUCAGUAUCAUUUCAUGAAUUUCAUCAUCUUUUGAAAAUAUUUCGCUGUAAAAUCUGAUAGUUUCUUGAGACUCGUGUGUCUGUGGUUUUUAAAAAAAAAUACCAUCUUGUUGGACUCUUGAUUUCAUGAAUCGAUAUAGCUCAGUAAGUUUACUUUUACAUACGUGACCAGUGUGUGGAUAUGUGGAUUUGUGGAUUAAAAAAACAGUACACAAUAAUCAAUGAUUUUAUAGUAUUUAAUUCUGCCUAAAACCUACAUCAUUGUUACUAUAUAUGCAAUCCUUAAUAUUUCUUCAUAUGUAUGUGUAUGUUUUGUAAGACAAACAUAUAUUGGGUAUUUAAUUUCCACCCAAGCCAAAAGUGCACAGUUUUCUUUUUAAUACUGUUUGCAUGCUUUUAUAUAAUGCAACUUUGAAGCUGUAGUAAAGAAAGAAUCCCAACUUGUUUUUUAUGGUAAGAAUACUAUCAUAGAUAGAUGAACAAAAAGAGUCUGUUUAAUGUCUGAAAUAUGUUCAGUGCAAUAUUAUGUGUAAAUGUUGAGAGUGUGCUUUUGACGGUAAUACUGUCUUAAUUGUACUAUAAAAAAUCACAGUUUAUAAAGUACAAUUGUAUGUUAGUUCAGAGGAAUUUUUUUCUGUUUCCAAAAUGAAGCAGACAUUUUUACAUGGGUUCAUGGGAACUCGACUCUGUUGCCGUGGUUAUGUGCUGUUGUUGGUGUGUCAAAAAAUUAUGAUUCAUGUUUUGUUUUGUCUGAUGUUAUAAGUAUUACAGAAAUUGUAAAUUGACCAAAAUAUGAAAUAUACUUGAAA